AUGGCUAUGAAGAAGGCGCACGUUGGAGAAAGGGCAGGGGGGAGGGGUCGCACUGGGUCGGGUUGGGGAAAGGGUGGGGGUAGCGCCUGGGUCGGGAAAGGGCAGGUGGUAACGGGGAGGGAGGAAAGGGCAGGGGGAAGGGGUCCCUGGCAGAGAGGGGUGGCGGGAGUGAGGGAGUCACGCUGGGGAAAGGGCAGGGGGUGGCGGGGGGAAAGGGUCGCGGGGGCAGAGGGGGGUGGCAAGGGGAGGGGGUCGCUGGCAGAGAUGGGUGGCGGGGAGAGGGAGUUGCGCUGGGGAAGGGCAGGGGGUGGCAAGGCAGAGGGAGAAGGGACACAGGAGGUGGCGGGGUAG